AUGAAUGAAUUGAAAAUUGUAUGUUUAAGUGAUACUCAUUCUAAAUUUGUGGAUGUAUAAAAUGGUGAUGUACUUAUUCAUUGUGGUGACUUUACUAAUUGGGGACAUGAAUAAGAAAUUAAAGAUUUUAUAUCAUGGUUAAAAGCAUAACCCCAUAAAUAUAAAAUAGUUGUACCAGGAAAUCAUGAUGUCAUUUUGGAUAUAGAGAAAUACCCUUUUUUGAAGAAGAAAUUUCAUCGAUACAGCAAUUAUAAUCCAGAUUAAUUGUUAUAGGAUUUAAAGGAAUGUUGUCAUUUACUUAUAAAUUCUUCAGUUACAAUAGAAGGAUUUAAGUUUUGGGGUAGUCCAUACACUUUAGAAUAUUGUGAUUGGGCAUUUUAAAUUUAAGGUAGUAGUUAAUAAUUUUGGGAAUAAAUUGAAGAAGGAUCUGAUGUUAUUAUAACUCAUGGACCACCAUUUUAUUAUGGAGAUAAAACUAAUUAUGGAUUAAGAGUGGGAGAUAGAUAUUUAGCAGAAAAAGUAAAGAAAAUUAGACCUAAACUUCAUGUUUUUGGGGGAAUUCAUGAAGCUUAUGGAGUUUAUGAAGAAGAAGGAGGAUAUAGAGAUGAUAAUUGCAUUAAAUUUGUAAAUUGUUCAAUUAUGGAUCAUUAAUUUAAAAUCUAGAAUAAACCAUAUGUAUAUCAUCUUAAAUAAGAUCAAUGA